AUGCGGACAGGACCCCCCAGGACCACAGCCCCCCAGGGCGCCCCAGGACUGCAGCCCCCUGCUGCUGGGGAGCGGGCGUUGGGGCGCUGCCGGCUGGGCUCCCCUUGUUCAGGGCACCCCGUGCGCGGCACCGCCCCGGUCACACGCGACCGCAGCCGUCACGUGCGGGGCGGGAGGGGGCGGGGCCUCGAGGGGGGCGGGGCGAAGCACCCGGAAGCGGCGCCGGUGGCCGAGCGGCCCGGGCAGGUCCCGACCCGGGCCCGGUGCGGCGGGCGCGGAGGAGCCGAGCCCCGGCCUCCCUCGGGACGCGGCGGGGCCCAUGGCCAACGGGGCCGCGCCGCCCGGCCGCGUUUCGGAAGCAGAGGCCGGGCCGGGGACUGCCCGCCCGCCUGCCCCGCGGCCCCUCGGGCUGCUGCCGACCGCGGGCGGCCCGCCCCGGGCCGGAGAGGGCGGCUGCCGGUAGCCAUAGGGCCCGCGGGGGGAGCCGGCGUGGACACGGAGGGAGCCGCGAGCUGCCUGCGGCCGCUGGGCGAGCUGAGGACGCGCAGCAUGAUGGAGUCCCGCAUCAAGCGGCUUGCCACGACAUUGAUGGAUGCCACGACAGAUAAGGACCCGCUGGUCCAGGAGCAGAUCUACAACGCUUUGUGCUACCUGGGGGAGUCUGAGCCAGAGGAGAUCCUCCACUCCUGCGACGAGUACCUGCGGCAGCAUGACAAGCUGGCCUAUCCUCACCGCGUCAUCAUCCUGAAGGCGAUGGAAACCGUGGUGAAGAACAACAUUGCCAGCUUGGACAAAAGCACGGCGAAGGUGGUCAUCUUCCUGGCGUCUAAUGAAAUGACCAAGUCAAAG